AUGUCAUUGCUUGGGCAGUUUGACAGUCCUGUCAUGAGAAAUACAACCAACCUACGGCAACUCCAUGAAUGUGUUAAAACGCCGCCCAAGUGCAGCAAUGAAGGAGGAUUUUGUCUUAAUCUCCAGUUACCGUGUGCAGGGAAAAUGAAUGAAUCACUGUGCAACAAUUUAAACUGUGGAUGUUGCUUAAAGCAUGAAUGCAUCAACACCCCUAAAAUGUGUUCCAGUAAAAAUGGCGUGUGUAUUAAUUUAAUGGACGACUGUGCUGGCCAGACUGAUGAAUCUUUGUGUAGAAACCAAAACUGCAAAUGCUGUAUGAAGCACGAGUGCUCUAACACGCCAAAGAUGUGUUCCAAUGAAGGUGGCGUCUGCAUUAAUCUGAUGGAUGACUGCGCUGGACAGGCCAAUGAGUCUUUAUGUAGGAACAGCAACUGCAAGUGCUGCAUAAAACAUGAAUGUUCUAACACGCCAAAGAUGUGUUCCAAUGAAGGUGGCAUAUGCAUUAAUCUGAUGGACGACUGCGCUGGAAAGGCCAAUGAGUCUUUAUGCAGGAACAAGAACUGCAAGUGCUGUAUAAAACACGAAUGCUCUAACACACCACUGAUGUGUUCCAGUGAAGGUGGCGUCUGCAUUAAUCUGAUGGACGACUGCGCUGGGAAAGCUAACGAGUCUUUAUGCAGGAACAAGAACUGCAAGUGCUGUAUAAAACAUGAAUGCUCUAACACACCACUGAUGUGUUCCAAUGAAGGUGGCGUAUGCAUUAAUCUGAUGGACGACUGCGCUGGAAAGGCCAAUGAGUCUUUAUGCAGGAACAAGAACUGCAAGUGCUGUAUAAAACACGAAUGCUCUAACACACCACUGAUGUGUUCCAAUGAAGGUGGCGUCUGCAUUAAUCUGAUGGACGACUGCGCUGGGAAUACUAACGAGUCUUUAUGCAGGAACAAGAACUGCAAAUGCUGCAUGAAGAAGCCCUGCAGCAACACAGAGAUGUGUUCCAAUGUAAAUGGAGUUUGCAUAAAUAUAAUGGAUAACUGCCCUGGCCAGUCAGAUCCUUUAUUAUGCGAUGACGAUCUCUGUACAUGUUGCAUUCCAGAUAAUUUAACACUUCCGGAUCAUAAGCCUCCGCAGAUGAACCAUUCAGCCUGA